GUGGAUCAUUUAUUAUCCAAUUAUCCACAUGUUAACGAAUGGAGAAAACCGAGAAAUGACGAAAAGCUGAAAUCUCUUAUCCGAACAGACAAAAACUAAGGCAAUGAUCAUUGAUCAUCUAAAGUCUUGUGAGCUAUAGCCAUUAUGGCAAUCUCUUCACUCUCAGUCCGCUAUUGCGUCUCACCAACAAUCUCUCACAAGACAGAGAUUCUCUAUCCAAAUCCAUCACUCAAAUCUUGUUGUUCACUUUCAUCCGGCGGCAAUCUUGACUCGCCGGAGAAUAAAAGUGGAAGCAAUUGGAAGAGAAGGCAAGCUCUUGUAGGAGUUGGAACCUUAGUGGCAACUUCAAUACCUGCAACUUUGCUUCUUGCUGAAGAGAUACCAAAAAGCUACUCGGCUUUUGUGGAUCGAGAAGACGGAUAUUCUUAUUAUUACCCAUCAGACUGGAGGGAAUUUGACUUCAGGGCACAUGAUUCAGCUUUCAAAGAUAGAUACUUGCAACUACAGAAUGUUCGUGUCAGAUUUAUACCAACUGAGAAAAAUGACAUCCGCGAAGUUGGUCCAAUGGAAGAGGUGGUUUAUGAUCUAGUGAAGCAUAAGUUUGCAGCACCAAACCAAGUAGCUACCAUCUACGAUAUGAAAGAGAGGGUGGAGGAUGGAAAGAACUAUUACACGUUUGAGUAUGGUCUAAGAACUCCCAUCUAUGCAACCACUUCCUUUGCAACAGUAGCAGUUGGAAACAACCGAUACUACACACUUAUAGUUGGAGCAAACGAGAGGAGGUGGAGGAAAGUGAAAAAGCAGCUACAAGUUGUUGCAGACUCUUUGAAGAUCCUUCAGAUUUGACAAACUCAAUAAACAUCUUGUGUUACUUCGAUCUAUCUUUCUUUCUUUCUGUGGUUAUAAAAUGAUAUGUAGAUAUCAAUUGAUGAUGUUUUUGUACUCUCUACAAUUCCAAUGAUGUUUGGCUCCAUAACAGUGAUGAAAUUAAAAUGGAACCACUAUUUAAACCUUCA